AACCAUGAGCAACAUAUUCCUAGUCUUCCCUCAGUUCAGUUUUGGCAAUGGGCUGAUGGAGUUGGCACGGGUUGAUAUGCAGGUGCAGAUCUUGAGCGCUUUUGGAGUGGACGCCUACAAGAACCCCUUCAGCAUGGAUGUUCUGGGCUGGAUGUACAUCUCCAUGUUCCUGCAGGGUUUCAUCUGCUUCACGCUUCGUCUGAUAGCUAACAAGACGCUUCUUCGUAAAAUCAGAUGGUUAGUUUGCCGGAAGAGUAACGUUGUUCAAAGCUAUAGCCCCAAUGAAGAUGAAGAUGUGGUGGCUGAACGUCUGCGUGUGGACCGUGGAGAUGCGAAUGCAGAUAUUCUGCAGGUUAACCAUCUAACUAAGGUGUACCAAAACCUGAACAAGAGGGUACAGGCGGUGAAGAGGCUAUCUGUGGGCAUCCCAGCUGGCGAGGUCUGUGCUAUUUUCAUAGUAAUAUUUAUUAUGACAGCAUUUACAUGCACAAGAACAUUUUGGUACUAAAAUAAACAUAAACUGGCAUUUUACUUCCUUAAUAUGAAGUACACACUACCAGUAAAAAGUUUGCAGUAGUAAUGCUUUAAUGCUUGUUGGGCAUAAGUCUCAUACGUCUGCUUAAUAUUUUGGAGGAAACCGUGAUAUAUUGCUUUUCAAAAGUUUGGGAUAAGCAAGAAAAUAAAUUAAGAGUUUUAUUCAGCAGGGACGCACUAAAUUGUUUAAAAGUGACAGUAAGGACAUUUAUAACUUUUGAACUUUUAAUUCAUCAACAAAUCCUGAAGAAAAUAUAUCAUGGCUUCCACAAAAUUAUUGAGCAGCAAUAUUAAAGUUUUUAUAAGUACCAUUAUGAAAGAGUAUAAUGGAUAAUAUUUAAUUUGGCACCAACUGAUCAUGUGACCAAGUGAAGACCGGAGUUAUGGCUGUUGAAAACUGCAUUGUCAUCACAUGAGUAAAUUAAAUUUAGAUCAUUUAAAUUUGUAAUACAGUUUUUACUGUAUUUUUGAUCAAAUAAAUUUAAUGCAUCUUAAUUACUCCAAACCUUUUCUAAGAAGUGUGUUUCCAAUUGUCAUCAUAAACUGAUUGACUGAAAAAUUGACUGGAUUGUAUCCAUAUUAAUAUUAGGAUUUGUAAUACUCAAAAAAAGUGUAUUAAGA